AUGGGCACAAAAGACAAAUCUGCCGCUGUGUCGGCAAAAGCCGCGCCUAAAAGCGACGUUAAGCCGAAGAAUGAAGAGAAAGGAAUAAAGAAGGCUUCUUCUCCUGCUGAGAAGAGCUCUAAAAAGUCGAAAAAGCCCGAGCCUAUGGACGAAGACUCAUCUGAUUCAGAAGACUCGGAAUCUGACGACUCUGACGACUCUGAUAGCUCUAGCAACUCUGAUGAUUCUGAUGAUUCUGACGAAUCUAGUGACUCGGACGACUCAGAUGACGACUCAGAAGAUGAUUCAGAAGAAGACUCGAGCGACUCGGACGACUCAAACAAGGGCGAUGAAUCAAAAAAGAAUGUCAAAGAUGAGUCAGACUCGAGUUCGGAGUCAGAUUCCGACUCUGAUGACUCUGACGAUGACGCAAACCCCUCUGAAAAGAAGCAACAAAGCUCGGAAUCUGAAGAUUCAGAUGAUUCUGACGACUCUGACUCAUCAGAAUCGUCAGAUGAUUCAGAAAGCUCUGAUGACUCUGAUGACUCUGAUUCCGAUGAUUCAAAUGACAAUGAAACGAAAUCAUCUAAGCAAAAGUCUGAGAGCUCUGACUCUGACGACUCUGACGAUUCGGAGGACUCUGAUGACUCUGAUUCCGAUGACUCGGAGGACAAUGAAAAGAAUGUACCGAAAGAAAAGUCUAAGAACUCUGAUUCUGACGAUUCAGAGGACUCUGAUGACUCUGAUUCUGACGACUCUGAAGAAUCUAACUCUGAUGACUCUGACGACUCAGAUUCUGAUGAUUCUGACGACUCUGACGAUGACGAUUCUGACGAUGAUGACAAGAAGGUCUCAGAUAAGUCUGAGAGUUCUGACUCGGACGAUUCGGAUGACUCUGAAGAAGAGGACUCGGAAAAGCAAGAAAGCUCUGACUCAGACGAGGAUUCGGACUCAUCUGAAUCCUCAGACUCAGACUCAGACUCAGACUCAGACUCAGACUCAGACUCAGACUCAGACUCAGACUCAGACUCAGACUCAGACUCAGACUCAGACUCAGACUCAGACUCAGACUCAGACUCAGACUCAGACUCAGACUCAGACUCAGACUCGGAUUCCGACUCUGAAUCUGAGUCGGACAAGAAUACAGAGUCCAAGAAGACUAGUGUCAACAAGAAGCGCAAGUCAGAUGAAAUGGAAGAGCAGAAAACCACGAAAAAGUCCAAAGUCGAUCAGUCGGAAGACACAGGAAUCAAGACCCUGUGGGUUGGCCAGUUGAGCUGGAAUGUUGACAAUGACUGGCUCAAGAGUGAAUUCGAGCAAUACGGCACCGUACUUGAUGCACGAGUGCAAUGCGAUCGUGACUCCGGUCGUAGCCGCGGCUUUGGAUACGUCGACUUUGCCUCAUCGGCUGAAGCGCUUCGCGCUUCGAAGGAAGCUCAUGGUAAAGAACUCGAUGGUCGUGCUCUUCGUGUGGAUCUGCAGCCUCCUCGCGGCCCUCAGGAGCGUGUCGAAUCUCGGGCCAAACAUUUUAAGGAUGAGCUGAGUGCACCUUCCAACACCCUCUUUAUCGGCGGUCUCGCUUGGGCAUUGACAGAAGACGAUGUUUGGAACGCAUUUGCCGAGUUUGGUGAGGUAGCGGGUGUUCGUCUUCCCAAAGAGAUCGAGUCUGGUCGUCCCAAAGGCUUUGGGUAUGUGGAGUUCACCUCAGAAGAAAAUGCAGCCAAGGCACUGGAAGCCAUGAAUGGUCAAGCUUUGGGCGGCCGUCCCAUUCGCAUUGACUUUGCUGGUAAGCGUGAUAACAGCAACUCCUCGCGUGGCGCACCUCGAGGUGGUCAUACUGGUCGUCCUCGCGACAGCGGUUGGGGAGGACGUGCCGGUGGUGCCCGCUCUGCAUCAGGAAGUGCCCGUUCUGGAGCCAUUGCCCCUUCUACGGGUAAGAAAAUGACCUUCGAUGAUUAA